AUGAAAAAACGUAACAAUUUUUCAGUUAAUAUCCACAAACUCAAUUCUGAACAACGUCGCCAAGUUUUUCUUGUAUUAAUUGAUGCAGACCCAUCUUUGCCUAAUGAAUUAAAUUCUGAACAGCGUUGUCGAUUAUACGCUGUAUUAGUUGCUAUUGAUUCUACUCUCACUGAACCACUUCUAGAUGCAAGUAGUGCUAUUCGUGGAAUUGUUAAUGGGCAAGGAAGAGCUUUUAGCUCUUCUCAAUUUUUACCUCUAUCUCGACAACCAAAGGGAAAAGCUAAAGAAGUCUUUGAAGAAUUUAAUGAAGCCAAUCCAAUAUUCCUAGUUUCUGAGGCUGAUUUUAUUCUUCGCAACUGGCUUACCUCAUAUUGUAAUAGCAUGGUUGGUCAGGAAAAAAAAAAGAAAAUUGCUAAUGCAAGAGCAAAAGGGCAUGCACUACUGCUGCCGAAAAAGAAUAUUCAACCACCUGUUCGAAGACGUAAUACAAGCAACGUUGAUAUAGAAAAAAGUAUCUUUGAUCAAGACGAUACAAAUGAGAUGAUUGACCAUGCACAAGAUUCUGACGCUUUGAUUAAUACAUCUAAUGAAGAUAGUGAUUCCGAAAGUGCUAGUCAAGAUAAUAGAGAUGAGAUAGAGUAUAAUUCUGAUACUCUAACCCCUGCAAUUAAACCAACAAGAAGAAUUCGUUUUCCUAUGCAAGAUGUCACAAAUAAUGAUAGCAGUGAUAGCAAUAAUACACAAGAUUCUGAUAAUUCAGCAUCAGCGAUUAAUGCAAUAUCACUACUGAAAGAUUUUAAGUCUUCUUGUUCUAAUAAAAACCAAAACAUUAACAAAGACACUUUAACUUCUACGAAGUCAUCAUUAAAAAUAAUCUUCAGCCUUCUGCCAAAAAACCCAUCAUUAAAAAGAAAUCUUCGGUCUUCUGCCCAAAAGCAUAUCGAUAUUGAACACACAACUAACACAAUUGAGAGUAAUACCCAGGAUUCCAGCACUUCGAAUAAUACAGGCAAAAAGAGAAAAGGAGAACUGAAAAUUAAAGAAACGAAGGCAGGAAUCAGUAAGAGGACGAAAACAAAGACUAAUAAAAAGUGA